GAACGUUUCGGUCGCGGUAUCGUCUCGGACUAGGCCGAGACGGCCGAGUCGUCUCGGUCUCGGCCGAGUCUUCGAACCAUGGUUGGAACUAGGAACCCGAGUUUAGGCAGAGUGGUGAACGAACACCACCCUUUCCUGGUCUUUUGGCCACUUUCCCUCCAAUUCUGCCUUAGCAGUAAACAGAAACAUCUGCAUUGCCUUGCUUAUUUACGAAGGGACUUUGGUCAUUUCAAAGAUGCUUUUUACAUUAUUUUGACGGUCUCUGUUGCGUUGGCUUGUUGUUCAAAGUAGUUAUUGGAACGCGCAUGGGUUGGGACUAUUGCAGGGCAAGCAACUAUAGUUUUAUAUGCUUCCAUGGGUUGGGAAUAUUGCAGGGUAAGUAGUUAUGGUUUCUAUACUUCUAUUCCAAGCCUCCAAGAGCUGAUGAUGGACGUCCAUGGCUGGGGUGGGAAUUUUUAAAGUGGAUGGAUUCGGUAUCGUCCCUUCAGUGCGUAGUUGGCUGGGCAUCUGAUUCUUCGAAUCUCAUUUGAAGAUAACAAGCAUUUGUUAAAGUUCUGAACACUUAUAUCACGCUUAGAAUAAAGGGUUAAAAAAAACAGAGAAGAAGUUGCCCUUCUUGACAGCUGUGUACUUGACAGAACUUUUGUUUCAGCUUAGUCUCCUCUUGCGACUUCUACAACAUGAGUUCUUACGUACGACUUACAAUUUGGUAUCUCGCGGCUAAACAGUGUUUUCAAGUUCACAUCUUGUAAACAGUCAAAUUGCCUGAAUAAUUAAUUUACGCAAGGGCGGAAUAGCUUUGAGUUCUACAAUAUUUACCGUGAAACGUCUUUUAGAGUUUAGCUCCUUUUCUAUUUUUGGGUAAGAAAGAGUUUAGCUCCUUAUAUUUGCAAUUAGAUCAAUAAUUUGCAUGCAUGAAAAUCUUAUCAUAUCCACCCAUCACUGUCCCUCCUAAAUCUUGAACCAGGUCUUUUAAGGAAUAUCUUAUUCCUCUAAUCAAAUGGCGGGUUACCAUUGUAAUUGGUAGCAGGGUUACUCAAAUCAUACAUGUCACUGCAAAAGUUGUCAAUCUUUGAAUCAUACAAAAGUUGACAGUUACUGGUAUGGAUACUGUUACUUGUAAAACAUGCCAUCGAAUAUCAUCAGCAACUAAACAUACGACCAAAAUCCGAUGCCAUGGAUGCCAGGGAACUAUUUUGAUUGGCAAUAGUCAAGUAUCGGUUCCGUUGGACAUGAGCAAAUGGCCGAGCCAUGAUCAAGAUAACAUCAUGACUGAACGAAAAGGGUUCCGUUAUUUCUGUAAGAAAAUCUCAGGUAUCAGUCCAAGAAGUUCUCCCAGCUUUAGCCAAUUUCCUACUGCAAGACUAUCAGAUACACCACCAAGAGGGAAGCGAGCACUACUUUGUGGAGUAUCUUACAAUCAGAAUAAGAAAUUGAAGCUCAGAGGAACAACACCAGAUGUAAUGAACAUGGCAAAACUGCUCGUUCAGCAAUUUGGUUUCCCAACUAAUGCUAUCCUUGUCCUAGGAGGUAUUGCCGAUUUUACGUCAUAUGAGACUCCAACAAGGAUGAAUAUUAUACGGGCCUUUGACUGGCUGGUGAAAGACUCGCAAUCAGGGGAUUCUUUGGUGUUCUAUUUCUCGGGGCAUGGCGUACGACAACUUGAUCAUGACGGCGAUGAGAUCGAUGGUUUUGAUGAAGCAAUCUGUCCUCUUGAUUUUGAGACUGCAGGAAUCAUAAUCGAUAAUGAAAUCAAUAAAAUGAUUGUUGAACCGCUUAAACAAGGCGUCACACUUCACGCUAUAAUUGAUGCUUGUCACAGUGGAACUGUUCUUGAUCUGCCGCGAGUGUACGACCAUAACAGGGGGAGAUGGAAAGAUAAUUAUCCUGCAUCAGGUGCUUAUAAAGGUACAAGUGGAGGGAAGGCCAUCUGUUUCAGUGCUUGUGAGGACUAUCAACAAGCUUCAGAUACCUCUGCUUUCUCUCCGGAGAUGGCUGGUGCCAUGACAUUCACAUUUAUAAAAGCAGUCGUGGAGAACAAAGAAAUAACAUACCAUGGAAUUCUCGAUUUUAUGCACAAUGCCAUCGAAAACGCCAAUAAAUCUCAAAGAGGAUGCGGAAUGCUGAACCGGAUGUUUUACCCGAAGAUGCUACAGGAUCCAAUGCUAUCAUCUUCCGAAUCAUUCAACGUUAACUCCUCAUUCAACCUCUAAGCAAUGGUGAAGCAUGAAAGUUCAUUUUUUGGCGCAAUAAUGCAAGUCAUUGCAGAUGUAAUUCUCCCUGGUUAUGUUGUAUUUGUACGAAUAACUCAGGAAAAGUGCAAAUGUUACGAUACCCAGCAAUAUGUCAGAAGGGCAACCACUUGGAAAAGUUCAAUUUAUACUGUAAUAGUUGGACUGUGAAACGAACAAAUACUUUGCGUAUACCGAAAAUGUUAAAUAAUCUGCCAGAAUGAAAAGCUUAUGCUAUUAGAAAGAAGGCGGUGAAUCCAAUUCCCAUUACGGAUGCUGGAGGAUGCCUCUUCAGG